CAUUUAAUAUCAGAUGUUCUGCGUCAAGCCUGCUAAGGCUCAUAAAUCAGCCAUCUCACUGCCCUGGUCAUUUCAACCAAUGUCUGACCCUUUCGUUAACUCAUGAUUUAUAACUGGAAGUUAUUUUUUAUGCCAGAUGUAUAAACUUUACUGUGCCUGGUUUGAUGUAAUAGUCACGUUGUACACUACACAAUGACAAUAAAUUUAUUGUCUAUGAACUGUUACCUUGAAAAAAUUACAUCAAUGCAAAGUGGUUUCCAUUUAGAAUCAAUGGGCAAUAAAUUCAUUGGAUUUUUUUGGAUGAUGAUUUUUAUGAGGUCAUGAGUGGCUAUAUAAUGGGUGAAUUGGGGAGGAGAAGCACCAGUCAGAUAGCAGUUUUGAACGACAGGGUCAACAAAGACGCAGCAACAAUGCAUAGGCUGGUAUUCUGCUGUCUUGUUAUUAUCAGCCUCUCAUGUCCUCUCUUGUCUCUCCCUGUUAUCGACUCCAGUGAGAUGUCCUAUCAGCGCUCAGCUGAUGAAGAUGCAGGAUUAAAUGUGGAGCAACUGGAUAGCUUGGGAGGAGCUUCUCUGUUUCAGACUUUGCCAAAGCUCCUGGGGGCACAAACUGAGCACAGUCCCAGCAAAGCAGGUCUCAGCCCCAGCAGCUACAAUCCAAGGGAAAAUGUGAAAGAGGUUUUCUAUGGAAGUCACCCUCCAAAUGCUUUGCUGAGCCGCCUGCUGGCCAAGGACAGGAAACAGAAUAAGAAACGUGGGAACCUCUCCGAGUGCUUCUGGAAAUACUGCGUGUAGCUUGAGGGGAAGGGAGAAGGAACUCUUUCCUGAUCCUGGCUGCUUAAUUUAUAAAGAUGUUAAUAACUGUCCUGGAAACAUGUACAUACAUUUGCUUGUUUUAACAUGAGGAGAAUACAGAAAUGUAAAGCUGACUCUUAAUUCUACAUUCCACGCUGUUUGGAGAUUAAUAAACCCUCUAUGUUUUGAA